AUGGUAUCAAAAGGCCGACCCUCCCUUCAGGCAGGCCUGGACAAGGAAGUGUACCAGGUGGUGCGCAAAUAUCUCGACGAAAAAAAUGAGUCGGCGCUGAAACUGCGCCCAUCGACUGUCUACGACUAUAUCCAACGCUCCAAUUCGAGCCUGAAGAGACGGCCAAAGAAGCAAAUCGAAGAUUCAAUCGACCGCGUAAUUGACGUUAUCCGCGAAGACGAAGAACCCGAUUCCGAAGACGAAAUGGCAGAACUCGAAGGAGACUUCACCAUGGACGAACCAAAAGAGAAAAAGGAGCGAUCGAGCGAUUGGAUGAAUAAGCAAAUUGUCAGCCAAUGGGCAAUUCCGCCAGCUGCAAACGGAGAGAAGAGUGAGAAGAGCAAAAAGCGAGACAGUGGGAAGACAAAAGAGGAGAGGGAAGCUAAGAGACAGAAGAAGGCAGGGGUACAGGAGAAGGAGAGCAAGAUCGAUACAGCAGCUCCCACAGGUGUUACAUUAGAAGAUCUUGGUGGCGUGGAAAAAGUCAAGGAACAGCUCAAAGAGCAUCUCGUGUUGCCUCUACUCUGCCCUCAGGAAUAUGCUAACCGCAAAAUCCCAAUACCACGCGGUAUAUUACUCCAUGGUCCACCAGGAUGUGGUAAGACUGUCAUAAGUCGAGCCUUCGCUGCCGAGCUUGGUGUGCCAUUUAUCGAGAUUCUGGGCCCAUCUGUUGUGUCGGGUAUGUCUGGAGAGUCUGAGAAGCAAGUAAGAGAGCAUUUUGAGAAAGCCAAGGAGGUUGCCCCAUGCUUGAUCUUCAUCGACGAGAUCGACGUCAUUGCGCCCAAGCGCGAUAGUGCACAGAGCCAGAUGGAGAAGAGGAUAGUUGCCCAGCUUCUGAUAUCGAUGGACAGUCUUGCUAUGGAGGGCAACAAUGGAAAGCCCGUGAUCGUACUGGCCGCCACAAACCGUCCCGAUAGUCUGGAUCCAGCUCUGCGUCGAGGAGGCCGAUUCGAUACUGAGAUUAACAUGGGUGUACCGAAUGAACUUAUGCGACGAUCUAUACUCCAGGCUCUUACGCGCGAGCCAAAGCUAUCCCAUGAUGUCGAUUUCAGUGUACUGGCGAAGAGGACAGCAGGAUUCGUUGGCGCUGAUUUGAAGGAUCUUGUGAGUAAAGCAGGCACAUGGUCCAUGGACCAGUUUCGAAGAGCACUCGAAAAGCAGGCAGCCAACGCGGAGACUACGAUGGAGAUCGAUGGUGGCAUUUCUCUUAAUGCCGAUAGCCUCAUGAACCAAUCGAUUAGGCGUCUAAUCACCCGUGUAAGAGACACGGAAGCUCCCCGACCAGAAGGUUUUGAAGACACUGUCAUCACAAUGGAAGCCUUUGAAGCCGUUCUACCUACCAUUACCCCAUCGUCGAAACGAGAGGGCUUUGCCACUGUACCGGACACCACAUGGCGAGACGUUGGCGCGUUGGCAGGCGUCCGCGAAGAGCUCGAGAUGGCUAUUUGCGAGCCUAUCAAAGAUCCCGCAAAGUUUGCGAAAUUUGGUAUCUCUGCACCCACUGGUGUACUCCUAUGGGGACCACCUGGUUGUGGUAAGACGCUUCUGGCCAAGGCGGUGGCGGCAGAGUCCAAGGCGAACUUUAUCAGUGUCAAGGGGCCGGAGUUGCUGAACAAGUACGUAGGAGAGUCUGAAAGAGCUCUACGCCAGGUUUUCAUGCGCGCUCGAUCCUCUGUUCCAUGCGUUAUCUUCUUCGAUGAGCUCGAUGCUCUCGUACCCAAACGCUCUACCGAGCUUCACGAAGCCUCCGCACGCGUUGUCAACACACUACUUACCGAGCUCGAUGGCCUAUCCAUGCGUGAAGGCAUCUACCUAAUCGCAGCCACCAACCGGCCCGAGAUGAUCGACGAAGCGAUGCUCCGACCUGGUCGCUUGGAGACCCUACUUUACGUCGAACUUCCCAAGCCAGAAGAGCGUGUGGAUAUCCUGAGAGCGCAUAUUCGCAAGCGUGGCGUUAUCGCCCCCGAACUUGCUGAGAUAGGCCGCCAAGAUGUUUGCAAUAACUUCUCGGGUGCCGAUCUUGAGAGUAUGCUACGAAAAGCUGGACAGCAUGCCUUGAGACGGCGCAGUGACAUUGUGGAGGAGUUGGACUUUAUUGAGGCAGCCAAGACUGUUAGACCUAGUGUGGGCGAUGUGAAGAAAUAUGAGAAGCUGAGGGAAAGGUUUGAGACAAAGCUUUGUACCGCCUUCGCGUUCCAAAGUUCCCAAGCCACGCGGCCCUUCGGCAUUCAACGAGCUCUCUGGAUGACCCAGAAUGAUGGCCUGUCUCGCCCCAAACACCCCUCCAUCAUCACCAUCAUUCAACGGUACCGUCAGAUCGCCCUCUCUUUCACCUCCACCUUCUCCUUCCCACUUAAGGAACUUUUCAAACGCGAUGGUGCCACGUAUGCUACCGGUUUUAUCAUAAGUCCGGAUCAUGUUGCGCAUAUGGCCGAUCUCGCGUGCGCAAUCUUUGCAGACGACCAUUUCCCUACUGACAUGGGUGCGCUUGACUGGGACUUCACAUCUCACGGCCGCGAGCUGGUGAUCUGUAUGCCCGGGAAUCCAUGCACUGUAAUCUGCGAACCACUUCAAGAGUUCAUCAACUUCUCGCGAGACAAUGCAAGCAAGGAGCUGUUGCAGCUAGUUAGUAAAGUCGCGUUCAGCGAUGCAGCGAAACGAGCCGUUCAGGGCUAUCUCAGUCAGGACAAGUCUCCCACACGUCGCCAUAAGCCUUCCGAACACCAAGUAGUAAAUAGCGAUCUCAGACAAGCCACCGCAGCUUCGUCGACGCCGAAGCGACAGCCCCCUCAUCUACAAAGAAACAUGUGCAGUCAGCCUGGUAUGCCGCUGCAAUAUGAGGUCAGUAGCCCACGGUCGCGGCCCCGACGACGCCGGGUAAGGCCAAAUUCAGAUCAAGAGAUGGUCAGACACCAGCGCUACAGCUUAGACUCUCAGCAAGCUACUAACUGGAUUCAGAUGAACUUCGCCGGGUUCUGGGACCCUACUCUGGGUCCACAGCCUGGGUUUGUUCCUCCAGGACCUGGACUACCUCCCGGUAAUCAGCUUCUUCCUGAAGAUGACCUAGCCGAGGCCGUAGAGAAGGGCAAGCGCUGCAGUCACCGAGACAUAUACUAUGUCCCGACCGAUCAAGAUCCAGACAGGUUUCACUGGGUGGAUGAGAAACCGCUUCAUUACGGCGCUACUGGCGAUAAGCUACGAACGAAGAAAACUCGAGAGGCCUUUGCAGUGAAUAUCUACCAUCGUUUCAAUGAGAAAACAGACGAAUGGCUUAUCCACGAAGUACGCAUAAACAGUGAGCUUCUCCAUACGGCCCUGGAGAAGAUAUUGGAAGGUUACCCGGGCCUGACACAACAUGAGAUGAAGUCGUUCUCACCACCAUUUCUCCCGUUCAUUCAUCGAUGGCAAGCAAUGCUUAGCUACAAAGAUCAUCUGGACCCGGACUCUGAAACUAAACGCCACCUACAGUUGCUCCAAGAAGUUCUUGAGCCUCUACUGAAGGAAUCGUUCGAAAAGAUCGAAGAUGUGAAAAAGACGGGCCAUGUGGCGUUCGAAGAUCUGAAUCUAGUGUAUAUACCCGCAAUGAUAGUUCUGGAACAUGAGACCGACUCGGCUGGCAUGGUACGCAGUUGCCAACUGACGUAUCCUCCUCCGCCCAUCCCGAUGUUCUGGUCGAUCGGCGUUGAUGUGGUUGACUGGGAUGGAAGACGAUGUGGUCUUCUUGCUCAAACAAAGCGUGUACCCAAAUACUAUGGUCUGCGAGCUUUGACUGCACUGGAGGUUUCGCCCCUCGACGGACUUCCAAACGAAGAAAAGGUUUGUGAGCGACUUAUUACUCGCGGUCGAAGGUUCGAACAGCUUCGCGGCCAUUUCUUCAAAGCCUUCACCGACGAGUAUGAAGAGCGCGUAAACGAACGAAUGAUCAUUGAUGCACGAGCAUACCACAAAUUCGAGGCUCCAUCAUUUCCUGACUAUGCUCAACUAUCCGAGAUUGGACAACUUACUUGGGCCCAAUCGAUGAAUCGGUACUCUUCCAGCAUGCCCAACACUGCGGGAUCGCCAAUCCAAGUGGACCUUUCGCCAAUGACCGACAAAGAAUGUCUUUUGGCUGUUCACUAUGUCAGAGGUUUCGAUAUUGAAAAGAAAAAGUGGUUGAAGUUGGACGUUACAAAGAUCCAUGAGAUACCAUGGGCUAAUCGUGCUUUCGACAGUCUAGUACUGGAUCAGAAUGAAAAGGACUUGGUACUGGCUCUGGUAGACCGUGAUCAAUUCAAGCAAGGGAAGCCAUUCGAUGAGUCAGUCAUGUCCCCCUUCAUCGGCGGCAAAGGUCAGGGCAUGAUUAUGCUUCUUUGUGGUCCCCCAGGUGUUGGUAAAACACUUACCGCGGAGGCUGUCUCGGAACACCUGCGUCGACCCCUGUAUAAGCUUGGUGCUGGUGACCUAGGAACGACAGCGCGUAUUGUCGAGGACAACCUUGAGAAGGCACUAAAGCUGUGCGGCCACUUCGGUGCUGUUCUCCUCCUCGACGAGGCGGACGUGUUCAUGGAGGCGCGCACAUCAAACAACCUUCAACGCAACGAACUUGUUUCGGUUUUCCUUCGACUACUCGAAUACUACAAAGGCAUCAUGAUUCUGACCACGAAUCGGAUGCGCAGCAUCGACACGGCUUUCGAAUCUCGAAUCGAUAUCACGCUGAGCUACAGCUCACUCACAGAAGCUGACCACCAGCAGGUCUGGCGUAACUUCCUGGCUACCAUGGAAAACGAGAAGAUCAACAUUGAGGAACCAGAUUUGAUCAAAUUGGCAAAGUUGGAAUUCAACGGCCGUCAAAUAAAGAGCGCGAUCAAAACCGCAAAGAUUCUCGCAGCGAAGAAAAAGGAACCCCUAAAUGCGAACCACCUGAUGGCUGUACUGAACCUGAGGAAAAAGGCCUUGGGUAUGAUGGAUGGUGGGGCGGAUGUUCAGGAACCUGUAGAACAGGCGCCCGAAGCGGAUGAGCUGGUGUUCGUAGGCGAAGUUGGGCAUAAUAUUGAGUGA